AUGAGCGAAUUACCAAUUGAGUUUACUGAGUUGGUGGAUUUAACUUCGAUAGGUAUAUCGCCCCAGUCAUUAGAUUUUAGGUCUGCAACUUUUGAAAGUGAUCGAUAUGUUACUGUGCGUGAGACGACUAACGGGGCAAAUUCGGUUGCAAUCGUUGAUCUAUUACAUGACAAUGAAGUUACAAGAAAAAGCAUGGGCGGAGACUCUGCUAUAAUGCAUCCUACGCAGAAGGUGAUCUCAGUGCGUGCCAAUGGUACCAUAGUGCAAAUGUUCAAUCUUGAUACAAAGGAGAAAUUGAAAUCAUUUCAAGUUGAUGAGCCCGUGAUCUUUUGGAAAUGGUUGAGUGAUGAAGUAUUGGGUAUUGUUACUACAAAUUCUCUAUUGUUAUGCAAUGCUUUUGACGGAGAGCCUUCUGCUGUUCCUGCGAGAUUGACUGCUAGGAAUGUGAAUUUGAAUAACACGCAAAUCAUUAAUUUUGUUGCAAAUAAGAGCAUGGACUGGUUUGCUGUGAUUGGUAUUAUCCAGGAAAACGGUCAUAUUGCUGGUAAAAUCCAGCUUUACUCUAAGGCUCGUAAUAUUUCACAGGCGAUCGAUGGCCAUGUUGCUGCAUUUAUCUCGUUGUUAUUAGAGGGUAACACGGAGCCUGUGCAAGUAUUUGUUACUGGUAACAGAAAUACAACUACAGGCGUGGGCGAGCUACGCAUUAUCGAGAUAGAUCAUAAUGCUCAGGCGAACCCUGUACAAUACCAAAAGAAAGCCGUGGACAUAUUCUUCCCUCCCGAUGCCACUAACGAUUUCCCAUUGUCAGUUCAGGUGUCAGAAAAGUACGGAAUCAUAUACAUUCUUACAAAGUAUGGUUUUAUCCAUUUAUAUGAACUUGAAACGGGUUCAAAUUUGUUUGUUAACCGUAUUACAGCAGAGUCAGUGUUCACCGCAACCCACUACAAUAACAGGAAUGGUAUUGCCUGUAUCAACAAAAAGGGACAAGUCUUGACUGUUGAAAUCGACAAGGAACAACUUGUUCCAUAUGUCUUGAAGAAGUUAUCCAAUGUAUCCUUAGCCCUAACCAUUGCCUCUCGAGGAAACUUGCCGGGCGCAGAUAAUUUAUUUGAAGAACAAUUCAAAAAAUUAAUAGAACAGGGCGAUUAUCAGAAUGCAGCAAGGGUUGCCGCUUCAUCAGAGAAAUUGAGGACCCAAUCAACCAUCAAUAAGUUGAAGCAUGUCCAGUCUAGUCCUGGUGCGAUUUCACCUAUUCUUUUGUAUUUCUCUACCUUAUUGGAUAAAGGAAAGUUGAAUAAAUACGAGACGAUAGAACUUGCAAAACCAGUUUUGCAGCAAGAUAGGAAGCAGCUUUUUGAAAAGUGGUUGAAGGAAGAUAAACUAGAAUGCUCAGAGGAGUUAGGUGAUGUUGUCCAUUCAUUUGAUAUAACACUGGCUUUGGCGUGCUAUUUGAGAUCUCAAACUCACUCAAAGGUGAUAACGUGUCUCGCUGAAUUAGAACAGUUUGAUAAAAUUAUACCCUAUUCUCAAAAAGUGGGUUUUCAGCCAAAUUUUGUUGUAUUGAUAGCUGAUCUCAUGAGAUCUUCUCCUGAUAAAGCAUCUGAAUUCGCUAUCAACUUAUUAAAGUCUCCAGAAACUGCCUCACAACUAGAUUAUGAAAAGAUUGCCGAAAUGUUCUUUUCUCAAAACCACAUUCAGCAGGGUACUUCUUUCUUGUUAGACGCUUUGAAAGGUGACACUCCAGAACAUGGUCACUUACAAACACGUGUUUUAGAAGUUAACCUAAAACAUGCUCCACAAGUUGCAGAUGCUAUCUUAGGAAAUUCAAUCUUUUCUCAUUACGAUAGGAUAACUGUUGCUAAGCUGUGUGAAAAAGCUGGUUUGUACCAAAGUGCCUUACAAAAUUACACAGAUAUAAAGGACAUAAAAAGGUGCAUUACUCAUACUUCUGCUCUACCUGCCGAUUGGUUGGUUGGGUAUUUUGGUAAGUUGAAUGUUCAGCAAUCAUUGGCAUGCUUAAGGGCUUUAAUGGACUCUGAUUUGAAACUUAACAUGCAAAUCAUUGUAAAUGUUGCAAUUAAGUUUUCAGACUUAUUUAGUCCUGAAGUUUUGAUCAAAUUAUUUGAAGACUAUAAGGCCACUGAAGGUUUAUACAAUUACUUAAAGUCCAUUGUCCACUUGACUAACGACCCGGAAAUUGUAUUCAAAUACAUUCAGGCAGCUGUUAAGGUCGGAGAAUUUCAAGAAGUCCAAAAAAUUGUUAAAUCAUCCAAUGUAUAUGAUCCCGAAAAGAUUAGAAACUACCUAAAGGAUAGUGAUUUACCUGAUCAAUUACCAUUGGUUAUCGUCUGUGACAGAUUUGAUUAUGUUCACGAUUUGGUAUUAUAUCUUCAUAAAACCAAAAACAUGAGAUUUAUUGAUAUUUAUGUCCAGCAGAUUAAUCCAUCAAAAACUCCUCAAGUGGUAGCUGGAUUAUUGGAUGUUAAUUGUGACGAACAUACUAUCCAAAAGAUACUAAAAAGUGUUUCUGGACAUUACUCGAUUUCAGAAUUGACAGCUGAGGUCGAGAAGAGGAAUAGAUUAAAAAUGCUUCUACCAAUUUUGGAAGAGGCUCUAGAGAAGGGAACCGAAGAUCAAGCUGUUUACAAUGCUUUGGCUAAAAUAUAUAUUGACUCUAAUAAUUCUCCUGAGAAAUUUUUAAGGGAAAAUGACAAUUAUGAUACUUUGGAUGUUGGAAGAUACUGUGAAAAGAGAGAUCCAUAUUUGGCAUAUAUUGCAUAUGAUAAAGGUGGUAACGAUGAAGACCUAGUCAGAAUUACGAAUGAAAACUCUAUGUACAAGUACCAAGCCAGGUAUUUAUUAAAGCGUUCAGAUUUGGAGUUUUGGAGCUCUGUCUUAGAUGAAGAUGGCGGUCAUAGAAAACAAUUACUUGAGUCUGUGAUUGGUGUUGGUAUCCCAGAACUGACAGAUCCAGAGCCGGUUUCAAUCACCGUUCAGGCCUUCAUGAACGCUGGUUUAAAAUUAGAAUUGAUUGAAUUGUUGGAGAAGAUUAUUCUUGAACCUUCUCCAUUUAAUGAUAAUGCUGCUCUACAGGGCCUACUGAUGUUGUCUGCAGUAAAAUAUGAGCCAUCCAAAGUUACGACCUAUAUUGAGAAGUUAGACAAUUAUGAUGUUGAUGACAUUGCUCCAAUGUGUAUUGAAGCAGGGUUAAAUGAAGAGGCCUUUGAACUUUAUGACAAAAAUGAAAGAUACGAAGAAGCUCUACAAGUUUUAGUUGAAAACAUUAUGUCAUUAGAUAGAGCUGAAUCAUAUGCAGACAAAAUUGAUAAGGCAAGUUUAUGGUCUCAAUUGGGGUGUGCGCAGUUGAAUAAUCGUCGCAUUUCGGAAGCCAUCGAAUCUUACAUAAAAGCAGAAGAUCCUUCUAAUUAUGAGACUGUUAUCAAAGUCGCCGAAGAUUCCGACAAUUACGAGGAUUUAAUACCCUUCCUCAUAAUGUCCAGAAAGUCCUUAAAAGAACCAGUAAUUGAUGGUGCUUUAAUUUUAUCGUAUGCCAAGUUGGAUAAAAUCAAUGAAAUUGAGAAACUAUUGAACAGUAAUAAUGUUGCUGAUCUGGAAGAUGUUGGAGAUACAUUAUCAGAAAUAGGUAAUUUCAAAGCUGCUAAAUUAUGUUACUCUUCGAUUUCAAAUUAUUCCAAACUAGCGACAACAUUGGUUCAUUUGAAAGACUACCAAGCAGCUGUUGAAACUGCUAGAAAGGCUUCUAAUGUUAGAGUUUGGGGUGAAGUUAACAAUGCCUGUAUCAAGAAUAAAGAGUUUAGAUUGGCACAAAUUUGUGGUUUGGAGUUAAUCGUUCAUGCCGAGGAAUUGGAUGAUUUAGUCGUUAAGUAUGAAAAGAAUGGAUAUGUUGAAGAGCUAAUAUCCAUGUUCGAAGCAGGCCUAGCUUUAGAAAGGGCCCAUAUGGGUAUGUUUACGGAAUUGGCUAUAUUAUAUACCAAAUAUGAUCCAUCGAAAACCUACGAACAUUUGAAGUUAUUUUGGUCAAGAAUUAAUAUGCCUAAGGUUAUUAGAGCGACUGAAAAAGCUCACUUAUGGCCUGAAUUGAUAUUCUUGUAUGCACAUUAUGAUGAAUGGGAUAACGCUGCGCUAACAGUAAUUGAAAGAUCCGCUGGUAACUUUGACCAUGAUUACUUCAAAGAGAUCAUUGUCAAGGUCUCCAAUUUAGAGAUUUAUUACAAGGCAAUUAACUUUUAUGUCAAAGAACACCCAGCUUUGUUGGUUGACUUAUUAUCAGCGUUAACACCUAGGUUGGACAUACCAAGGGCUAUUAAGAUCUUUUCAAAAUCAGAUAACUUGCCUUUGAUUAAACCAUUUUUGAUUGGUGUUUUACCAAAAAAUUAUAAAGUUGUUAACGAGGCUUAUCAUGAAUUGAUGAUUGAAGAAGAAAAUUAUAACGCUCUACAAAGUGCUGUUUUAUCUUAUGAUAAAUUUGAUCAACUAGCUUUAGCUGCUGUUUUAGAAAAGCAUGAUUUGAUAUUUUUUAAGAAGAUUGCAGCACUUUUGUACAACAGGAACAAGAAAUGGGAUAAGAGUUUGUCAAUUCUAAAAGCAAACAAAUUAUGGAAGGAAGCGAUUGAAACAGCAGCUCUUUCUCAAACCCAGUCUGUCGCUGAAGGCUUGUUAAAGUAUUUUGUUGAUACUGGAAACAAAGAGGGCUUUGUAGCCUUACUAUACACGGCUUAUAAUCUUAUUCGGUAUGAGUAUGUUUUGGAGGUCGCAUGGUGGAACGGUUUAGAUUCAUUGGUUAAGCCGUAUGAGAUCUCCAUCAAAAAAGAACAAUAUGAUAUCAUUGCAAAACUCUCUGAACAACUCUCUGAAAAUAAAUCAAAGGAUUAUGAAGGUGACAAACCAUUAUUGUUGACGAAUAGUUCUGUUGGGUAUCAUACCACAGGUUUUUGA